AUGGACACAAUGGCACUAGGGUUCGCUGCCGCCGCCGCAGCCUCCGCGUCCGACCUACACUCCAACCUAGGCUCAACAAUGGCCGCAACUUCCUCCUCGUCCCUGGGCUCGCUCACAGACUACUCGACAUACCCUCUGAUGCGCCAGGGCGAUCGCACCUACUUUCGCGACCCGGAGAAUACCUACCCGCUGCCCUGCGACCUACCCGAGAUCCACCGCCAAAGCUUGCGCACGUUGAUGUUGCUGCGCGUCCUCGGCGGCCCGUUUUGCAACCCCCACUUGGCCAAUCGGCCUCCCAAACGCGUCCUGGAGAUCGCAUGCGGGUCUGGUCUAUGGUCCGGUCUAUGCCAUGAAUACUUCGUCCGCCAGGGCCAUCCCGAUGUCGCCUUUGCCGGAAUCGAUGUCAUCUCCAUUGCGCCGGAUCUGCGCAAGCAGGGAAUGAACUGGCAGUUCAAACGCCAUGACCUACGCCGAGCGCGCUUGCCCUUUCCAGACGACUAUUUUGAUUUCGUGUUCAUUAAAGAUGCCGGCAUGUGUCCUUCCAGCCCGGCGCAAUCUGCAUCAGGAUUGGGUGAACCUCUGCGGGUGCUGAAGUCUGGAGGUAUCUUAGAAGUAUGGGAUUCAGAUUGGAGUUUCCGCUCGCUGCUACCCAACCCGGCUCCGGCCCGCAAAGCCACCUCAAAAGAACAGGAGAUCGCCGAUACAACGGCUACCUAUACAUUCUCUCCCGCCACACCAUUCACACGAGCGCAGAAUAAGUUUCUGGUUGAUUAUAACUCCUGGGUGGAGAAGGCAUUCGACCGCCUCAAAUUAACAGCGCUCCCAUGUGCGACUAUCGGCUUAGCCUUCAAUUCCGAAGUGGAUUUGUUGGAGAAUGUCGACAGUCGCCGCGUUGCAAUCCCAUUGGGCGACCUGCGCUGGGAGCGAGACGGCCAAGGCAAAGAUUCCAAGGGCCGUCCACGAAAGGCCCUGACCCCAGAGCAAAGCUCAAUCCGACGCACAGCUCUUCUCACCACAAUCCAGAUGAUUGAAGGGCUGGAGCCGAUCUUGAUGGAGUCUAGCGGGAAGGGCCGUGACGAAUGGGACCGAUGGUGGGCUGCAAUGACAGCCGACCUCCUGCAGAAAGGCGGACUCGCCAGCGGCGAGUGUCUCGAAGUGAGUGCCUGGUGGGGUCAAAAAAUAUGA